CGCAGUAGCCUCAGUUUUGUUUGAGGGGAGUUCUGGUGUAGUCAGAGAAGUGAAUUUUGGCCGGAAAGGCAAGCAGAGGGAGCGAGAAACACACACAAUACGGCGAUUUCAUCGGUUUAAUCAGACUUAUGAGCGGUUUAUUUUGUACCAGACACCUCCUGGAUGCUUAAUGUGUCGGUUUUACAAUGUUAGGACAUUAUCCAAACGCGGAAAAAUCGCAGAUUGUGAGCUAUGUGGAGGAUUACCUGGAGUGUGUCGAGUCGCUUCCUCUGGACAUUCAGAGAAAUGUUUCACUUCUGCGGGAAAUCGACACCAAAUAUCAAGAGAUCUUGAAGGAGGUGGACGAGGUGUUUGAGAAGUAUAAGAAGGAGGCGGAUGGCUCUCAGAGGAAGCGUCUCCAGAUGCAGCUGCAGCGCGCCCUCAUCAGCAGCCAGGAGCUCGGCGACGAGAAGAUCCACGUGGUCACGCAGAUGAUGGAGGUGGUGGAGAACCGCUCGCGUCAGAUGGAGGCUCACUCGCCGUGCUUCCUGGACCCCAGCGAUGCCGAAAGACCGGCUGAAAAAUCUCGUCACGAGACGGGAAGCGGCGCCGCUAACGCUGUAACGGAGCGCUCGUCGUCACGCAGACCUCGCCGCCAUCGCAACAGCGAGAGCCGCGACUCGUGUUACAGCGCUAACGGAGCUAACGGGGUUCUGGAGGACCCGAGCGACGAACCUGCGUCUCAGCCGCCCCGCGAGAAGAAGUCCAAAUCGGCUAAGAAGAAGAAGCGCUCGAAAGCGAAACCGGAACGCGAAGUUUCUCCCGCCGUGGAGUUCAACAUCGACCCUAACGAGCCGACGUACUGCCUGUGUGAGCAGGUUUCCUACGGAGAGAUGAUCGGCUGCGAUAACGAGCAGUGCCCCAUCGAGUGGUUCCACUUCUCCUGCGUCGGACUCACCUACAAACCCAAGGGCAAGUGGUACUGUCCAAAGUGCCGAGGAGACAGUGAAAAGACCAUGGACAAAAGCACAGAGAGGCCCAAGAAGGACCGCCGGUCGAGGUAGUGGCUCAGAAACGAGUCACGUGUACAGGAGAGCGAGACGUCAAGCCUGAGCCACGCGUACGGAAAGUUCCAGACUGUUCCGGCUCCACAGAUUCACGCCGAUCUUCCUCACACACGAAACACGAGAACACGUUGUGCUUUAUUUUUCACCUUCAGCUUGUCUGUUUACUCGUUAACAACCGUCUGAUUGGUUCAAAUCAGGAUCAGCUCCAAGUUAAAUUGUCUCAGCUCACUGAUUGGUCCAGGAAAAUCAUCUCAGCGUCCCGAUUGGUCCGAGUUAAAAUCGUCCUAAAGCUGUGAUUGGUUAGUAAAUAAGCGACUCGUGGAACAGCUCCUGGUUUCGGGUCGGAGUGGAUCUGUGGAGCGAAAGCUCAGACAGUGACACUCCCUCGUUCACUUCCCCUCAGCACUUGUCCUGGAUUAAACCCCGUCCGCCAUCUUGAGAGCUUUUCACUACGUCCCUACACACAUCCCAGAAUGCACUGCGGUUUCUGAUGCCCUUUCGUUAGAGCAUAAUAUUUCAACACUAACAUCUGUUCAGGUUGCGCUUGAUUCCUUUGAAUUUACUAGUUAGUUUGCGAGGUAGUGAAUUAGCACGCUUGUUAAAAAGCCGCUCUAAAGGAAAUUAAACCGUAA